AGAACCAAAAAAGCGUUGGCUAUUGAAGCACAGCACAGCCAUGAAAAGGAGUUCAGCUGAUGCUUCAACCCGCAGCACAGCAGGUUGUUUGCCUGUGCCUCUCUUCAAUCAGAAAAAGAGACCCAGGCAGCCCCUCACCUCAAAUCCCCUUAAGAACGAGCCGGGUUCCAGUUCUGUGACUCAUGACUUUUCUUCCUCAUCACUGGGUUGGGGAGCUGCAAACCCAGAAGUCGAUGAGCUACAGAAAGCAGCAGACAAUGGAGCAGAUGAUCACAUGGCUCCUUCCCCUGUGAAAUCACCAAAUGCACUAAGGCCUAAUUUAGUCAAAGCUGGAAGAAACUUGUAUGACCGCAGGGCAGAAGAGAAGACUCCCAGUACUAAAAUUUGGAACAGAAAUGAGUGCACCCCUGCAAGUAACAGAACAGGUUCAAUAUCUGGUAGUGGAACUACUCAAAAGUUUGAGAACCGUUCAAAUAAUUGGAAACCUGUUCAGCAGCAGAAAGUACCUGAUAGCUCCAAUUCAUCUCAGCACAUCAAAACAACAGAAACCAGCCAAACGCGUUCCACUAAAGGACAGUGGCCAGUGAAACCUAACGCUGCGUCAGGAAAUCUGCAGGAUUAUGGUCUGCCAUAUAAAUUGAACUGCAAUAGUCAGCAAAAUAGCAUGAAUGAAAAGCAAUUUGAUUGCAUUCCAGAAGCCAAAAGUCAGGAUGUUUCUUCAUUUCAAUUAAAGCUUAAAGAAAAAAGGAAUUCUUUGCGAAUCGUAUCUGCAGUCAUUGAAAGCAUGAAGCACUGGAGCCAAUACACUUACAAAACUCCAAUAUUAUUUGAAGUUUUAGGCACCCUUGAUUCUGCAGUCACAUCUGGAGCGUACAGAGCCAAGAAUUUUCUUUUGAGAGAUGGAAAGGAGAGCCUGCCUUGUGUUUUUUAUGAAAUUGAUCGCGAGCUUCCAAGACUCAUUAGAGGCCGUGUGCUCAGAUGCAUGGGAAACUAUGACACAAAAAAGAACAUUUUCAAGUGUGUCUCUGUAAGACCAGCAACUGUUCCAGAACAAAACACUUUUCAAGAAUUUGUUAAAAUUGCAGAUGUUGAGAUGACAGCCUAUGUAAAAACAAUGAAUGAAAUUUAA